CGGGGAGGGAGGGCGAUUGAGAAAGCCCUGUUCCCACAAGGCCGCCUUGCACCGGUCCCCUCGGCCCGCGCUGCCCCAGUCCGCGGCCGCCGCCGAGCGCGGGGAGCCUCCGCGGGCCCUUUAAGGGCAGAGAGGUGCGCGGUCUCUUUAAGGCAGGUCCUGGUGGUUUCUGUUUUCUGAAGGAAGUGACGGGGGGUGGGAUUGAAUGAAAAGUGCAAAACAGAGUCUCGGAGCGCCGGAGUCGGGGGCCGUGGGAGGCGAGGCACUGGGCCGGGGGGCAGACGGGCCCUGGGAGCGCGGUGUCCGCCUCGGAGCCGCCGGGGGACGCGCGACGGAGCGCAGCCCACGUGCGUCGGAGCCGCGUCGCGGGCGCCCCGCGGCUGAGCCCCCCGAGGAGCCGCGCCCCGGCGCCGCGAACUAACCUCCAAGUUCGGGCGAAGUUUGGCCGAGCCGCUCCCCGCCCGCCCGCGGCGCGCGGUGCCCGGGGAUGCGCCCACCCGGCCGCGGCGGGGUCCCCCCGGCGUCCCCUGCGCUGCUGCUCCUGCUGCCGCCCGUGCUUGUGCAGCUGCUGGGGGCGCCGCGCGGCGUGGGCGCGGGGACCGGGGCUGGCGCGCCGUCUGAGCUGCGGGUCCGCGUGCGGCUGCCCGACGGCCAGGUGACCGAGGAGAGCCUGCAGGCGGACAGCGACGCCGACAGCAUCAGCCUGGAGCUGCGCAAGCCCGACGGCACCCUCAUCUCCUUCACCGCCGACUUCAAGAAGGAUGUGAAGAUCUUCCGGGCCCUGAUCCUAGGGGAGCUGGAGAAGGGGCAGAGCCAGUUCCAGGCCCUCUGCUUUGUCACCCGGCUGCACCACAAUGAGAUCAUUCCCAGCGAGGCCAUGGCCAAGCUCCGACAGAAAAAUCCACGGGCAGUGCGGCAGGCUGAGGAGGUGCGGGGCCUGGAGCAGAUGCACAUGGACGUCACCUUGAACUUCAGCCAGGGGGGCCUGCUGAGCCCCCAUCUCCGCAACGUGUGUGCCGAGGCCGCAGAUGCCAUCUACACCCGCCAGGAGGACAUCCGGUUCUGGCUGGAGCAAGGUGUGGACAGCUUCGUGUUCGAGGCCCUGCCCAAGGCCUCAGAGCAGAUGUUGCUGCCUCGCUGUGGGCAGGUGGGGGACCGCGGGAAGCCCUGUGUCUGCCGCUACGGCCUGAGCCUGGCCUGGUACCCCUGCAUGCUCAAGUAUUGCCACGGCCGUGACCGCCCGACACCCUACAAAUGUGGCAUCCGCAGCUGCCAGAAGAGCUACAGCUUCGACUUCUACGUGCCUCAGAGGCAGCUGUGCCUCUGGGAUGAGGACCCCUAGCCAGCUUGGGGUUUAGACCCUGGAAGGUGUCAAUGCCUGUGACACCCACCUCCCCACGCCCAGCCCCCGCCCCACCCUCCAAAAGGAGCUGGCCCCUGUGCACCUUUCCACUGCCCAACAGGGAGGGGAUCCUUGCCCCAGAGAGGGGGCAGCGCCGACAGCGGAUCUCAACACGUUCCUCUCACUACUGGCCUCUGAGGCUGCCCGGGGGCCAGCUGGGGGCCCCCCACCCUGAGACAGACCACAAGUGCCUUUCCGCAGACCUGGACUUUGCCGAGGGAGCAGUAGCCGGCUUGCACCCUCUAAGCAGAAAUAUUUUUGUAAGGUUUUGGUCCAGGGAGGGAGCAUGAAGUAUGAGGAAAACUUGAAUCCCAGAUUUUUAAUGCAAAGUAUUUAUCAUUUGUACCAGAAAUAAAAGUUUAAAUUUUUA